AUGUUGCUUCAUGACCUCAGUGAGGUCAUUGUGCACCUCUUGGAUGUCUCAUCCGAUAGCUCAGCCCUUCAGCUUGCGGCAGCUUCCCACGGCCUCCGAAAGGCCGUGGAAAGGUGCCGGGGCGUCGCCUGCGAAGGCCCUUGGAGACAUGCAGCUGGCGCCUGGGAGGUUGCGGGCCUUUGGAGGUUCCUUGGCCUGGGGGACCUCCACCGCAUUCCGGCGGUUACCCUGUACUGCGACAUGGAGUUCCAGCACGUGGGGGAGGUGGUGAAGUUUCUGAAGGCAGCAAAAGCCCUGGCAUCUGACACAGUCGAUGGCCGAGUGACCUUCAGCAAGUUUUCCUUCGAUCCCAGGGAGAUGGCAGAGCUUUUCGAUGGAGAAGAGGAUGACUUCAUGACCACGUCUGACCAGACUGCUGAUGUAGUGUUCAACGGCUGCAACAUGACAUGCUCCGUUGAUGCACACUCUGAAGGAGGCCCUUGGCCUACGCUCAACUUGUGGGUGCACGAGAAGGAUGACGAAGUUGUGCCCCAGAACGUUUUGAUGUGCAGCAGCCUGCUGUUGCCGGAACUCAGGCUGUGUGCCAGCUGUGAAGACAUAGAAGGUACUCAUAUGCUUGAUGGCGAGUCUCCUUUGACAGAGUUGGUGCGCACAGGCAUGCCUCUGCCAAUGUUAAUUGGUGUUUCAAGCUCUAUCAAUCAAUGGGACGAAUGA